AUGUCUGAAGUGCGAAUCGACAGUCAAGAACAAAGCAAUUUGCAGUCAGAAAUGAAGGAAUAUUAUUUGACACAAUUUCGUGGUCCAGAGUGGCUAUCUGCCACUUAUCUUGAGAACAUCCUUCAAAAAUUUCUUAAAAAUUCAAAACUUAAAGUUAAGAACAUAGUUGUGAAGCCAUUCGGAUCUGUUGGUGAUGCUUAUGCUAGUUCUAUGUACAGUAUUGAUGCUUUGAUUAAGACAGAUGAAGAGACACUGAGGAAAGGACAUUACAUCCUUAAAAUGAUGCCAUUAUCAGAGCUAGCAUGUGAGAAAUUAGGAAAAGAUUGCUACAAUGUCCAGGAGAAGGAAAUGGACAUUUUUCAGAAUAUUUUUCCAGAAUUUAAGACAGUUUUGAGGACAAUUGAGGAAGAUAAAAAUAUAUUCCCAAAAGCCAUCGCUGUUGAUCGCAUUAGAGACGCUUUAAUCCUUGAAAACCUUUCAGUCAAAGGGUUCAUCAUGGCUGACAGAACUUUUGGACUCGACAUGAAGCACUUGAAGCUUGCUUUAGAAAAAUUGGCGAGAUUCCAUGCAGCCUCGGUUUGUUGCAUGGAGAAAAAUCCACAAAUAUUUAAAAAAUAUGAUGUUGGCAUGUUCUCACGCAAGACGUCUGCGUUUCAUGAUUUCUUUAGCUCAAAUAUGGAAGUUUUAAUCGAAGAAGUGAGCACAUGGGAAGGCUAUGAGAUGUACAGUGAGAAAUUAAAGAAACUGAGGAAUUUCAUGUAUGAGAAAGCAUUCAGAUGCUCUGAUAAUGAUCCGGGUGAUUUAAAAGUCUUAGUUCAUAGUGAUUUAUGGAGUAACAACUUGAUGUUUAAAUAUGAUAAGCACAAGUCUCCGAUUGAUGCGAUCAUUCUUGACUUUCAAUUCUGUUCUGUUGGACAUCCAGCUAUCGAUUUAAUGUACUUCUUUUACUCUUCAGCAUGUGAUGAGAUUCGUUUGACGAAAAUAUUUUAUUUGUGCCAAUUUUACUAUUAUGAGCUGAAAAAGAUUUUAGUAAAAUUGAACUGUGAUUUAUCGGCAUUUCCAUCGCUUCAUGAUUUUCAGGUUCAGGUCAUGAAGAAAUAUUUUUAUGCAUUCCCAACAACAAUGAUCAUCAUGCCACUUAUGAAGUCCGAAGAACCAGACGCGUGCUUUGAGAAUGCACAUCAGCGGACCGAAAAAGCAAUUGAAUUCAAGCGUCGAUUAUACAAAAAUCCCAAAGUGCAGAAUAUCAUUAAAAAUACACUUCCAGUAUUCGAUCAGUUUGGCUUAUUAGACGAGAUGUGA